AUGUCUGGGGAGCAAAAAGUGAACACACCGUCAAAGUACGUUAAAUUAAACGUCGGUGGAAGUCUUCAUUACACGACGAUCGACACCCUAACCAAACAUGAUACAAAACUCAAGGCAAUGUUUACAGGCAAGAUGGAUGUGGUUCCUGAUUCUGAAGGUUUUACUGUCAUUGAGCGUAGUGGCAAGCACUUUGACACCAUUCUCAACUUCUUGCGAGAUGGAUCUGUUGCUCUCUCGGAGAGCAAAGCCGAAUUAUCCGAGUUGUAUGCAGAGGCUCGCUAUUAUUUAAUCCAGGACUUGAUCAAUAUCAUUGAGCCAGUGCUGAAGAAGAAAGAGGAAGUACAGCCCAAGUGUGUGGUUCCAUUACUUACAUCCCACAAGGAGGAACAGAUGUUGCUAGCAUCAUCAAGAAAGCCUGUAAUCAAACUUACCUGUAAUAGGCACAACAACAAAUAUUCAUACACAAAUUAUUCUGAUGACAAUUUCUUGAAGAAUUUGGAAUUGUUUGAUAAACUGUCCCUUCAGUUCGGUAACCGGUUGCUUCUGAUCAAAGAUGUCAUUGGAACAGUUGAAAUCUGCUGUUGGUACUUCUAUGGCCACUCACAAAAGAUUGCAGAGGUUUGCUGCACUUCAAUUGUGUAUGGAACCGACAAGAAACACACAAAGGUUGAAUAUCCUGAAGCCAGGAUUUUUGAGGAAACCCUUAAUGUGUUACUCUAUAAAAAUUUGGACAAAGGCCCGGAUGCUGAGCUGAUCAAGGCAACAAGGGGUGGGGCAGCUGCAAUACCUGGUGGCUAUCACAGUGACGAUGACAUGGAGGAUUGGCUUGAAAGAGUCGAGAGACUUCGUCGCAAAUGA